UAUCAAAUGCCCUUCAAACCUAUUCUAUCCUAUCCUAUGCUAUUCAUCCUAUUGCAAUUCCAAUCCAUCCAUCCAUUUCACUAUACCCACCCACCCAUCCAUUCAUUCAUGCAUUUGUUAGUUUAUUUGAUUUCUAUUCAUUCAUUUUCUAUUUUCUAUAGCUUUUUAGCUAAGUCAGCCUUGUCUUUCAUACAGCUAUGGCCGGGCUACAUCCUCUCGAGCCAGAUGGCACAGAAGGGACAGCCAUUGUUGAACUGAUAUACGAAAAUGGAAAAGAGAUAAGAAGACAUUAUGGCUGUAUUGUUAAGAAUGAUGCCAAUCUUAAAAGCUUUAUUAAAAUGUAUAUCAAACAAUCAGCUGACAAAACAAAGUUUAAGGAGUCUAAAUACUAUGUUUGUAUGUAUGAUCCAGAUUUUGAAGAAGAAAGAAAUGAAGCUACUGUACGUGUUUCUUUUCAUCGUUUUUCAAAGCCAAGUAAACCAAAAGAAUGUACACUUGAUUCUUUACCUCAUAACUUCGUUAAAGUUCAGGGCCACAUAUUUUUUCCAUGUUAUUCCCAACUUUUCAAUGACAGCAAUUUCUUGAAAAAACACAGCAAAAAGAUUCUAGUAGCUCGAGAACUAGGAGAAGAAAUUAAUGGAUUAAUGUAUGAUAAAAAAAUUAAAUCCCCCAUAUGGAUUUGCGUAAAGUUGAAUAAUCAUGAUCAGCUUCCCCCCUAUGUGUAUGGUAUUGGUGCAGACGAUUAUGAAAAGUUGGAAGAUGCUGGUCCAGUUCUUCUUCAAGACAAUAAGACUGUAGUUGGCAGUUUUAAAAGAAGAGGAAAUGAUAAAAUCUCUAUUUCAAUUUUUGGAAACAAUCAAGAAAGGACAUCUACAUCCUGCACAGAUGGUGCCCCUAGUGAUGAGACUGGACAGGCGGCAGCCAUCCCUGGCGAUAGGACUGGACAAACAAUAGCCACCCUUAGUGAUGGGACUGGACAGGUGGCAGCCACCCUUAGUGAUGGGACUGGACAGGUGGCAGCCACCCCUGGUGAUGGGACUGGACAGCCAGUAGCCACCCUUGGUGAUGGGACUGGACAGGCAGCAGCCACCCCUGGUGAUAGGACUGAACAGGCAGCAGCCACCCCUGGUGAUAGGACUGGACAGGCAGCAGCCACCCCUGGUGAUGGGACUGGACAGGCAGCAGCCACCCCUGGUGAUGGGACUGGACAGGCAGCAGCCACCCUUGGUGAUGGGACUGGACAGGCAGCAGCCACCACUAGUGAUAGGACUGGACAGGCAGCAGCCACCCCUGGUGAUAGGACUGGACAGGCAGCAGCCACCCUUGGUGAUAAGACUGGACAACAAACCCUCGCUAAUCUCUUCAAACGAAAGAACAGUGUUUUGGAUGGACUUUGUCUCCGCCUGGAUAAUGAAUACAGGGUUAUACAAAACUGGAGACACCUGGCUGACCUUCUAGAUGCGCCUAAUGACGUAAAGGACAGGUGUAAAUGUAGCACAAAACAUAGUCCUACUGAACUUCUUUUGGAAGUGCCAAACGUAUCCUCUGCCACCGUCACAGAGUUGAUAACAAUACUAGGAGAGAUGAGACGAAAUGACGUGGUUAGUAAGAUCACUGAAAAAAUAUCUGAAGAAAACUGGAACAAGAAAGUCGGUGAGACAUUAUUGAAUGAUUAUGACCUCUGUGACGAGGUAGCACUGCUGCUGGAUAAAGAAAGCCCACUGAAUAAUAACUGGGAGAAACUUGGGAAGAAACUAAAGGUUCCCAAAGAUGAUUUACAGCAGAUUGGAAGGGGAAAUAAUCCAGCAAAUCAGCUCUUCCUGCAUGCGUACAGCACCUUGGAGCCAGAAAAACUUAAGGGAGGACACUUUCGAAACCUUAUUGAAGAGUUUCGUCGAAGAAAGGAUGUAAAAGAUUUUUUGGAUAAAUGGGGAGUUUCCUUACAAGACGACCGAUCGAUAAAGGACGUUUUUCCACCUGACAGCGAUAAGUUGCGUAAUCUGUGUAACUUUAUGAACAAAAAUGCUGGCAAUACCCUGAAGGACUGGAGGCACUUGGCUUCGGCGUGGGAGAUAGAAUAUAACAUCUAUAAUUCGUUUGAUAACCCAGAAAAGCCAAAACCUACCAAGAUAUUGCUGGAAGAUUGGUUAGUCCAGGCAAAUGAAGACUUCACUGUCCAACAACUAUGUACACACUUGAAAACAAUGAAAAGGAUUGAUGCACUAGAAUACUUARAAUCUGAGGCAAGGAGUUAGGAGGGGUUGUGCACGUAGAUAUGUCUUCUGAACAAAGGAGGGCGUACGGCCGGUUGAAAACGAGUCAUCCAGGGCAAAUUAACAGCAUUUUCUUAUAAAUUGAUGCCGCACAWUUUUCGCUAUUCUGAAUGUAAGAAGGAAAGAAAGACGGAACAAGUGAACAAGAGUAUACUUUGCAUUGACACCAUAUUAUUUCUUUGCAUUUGGCCCUGGAUGCCUCAUUUUCAUGUAACACACUCGGCCGUGAGCCAUUGUGGACUUAGGUGUAUAGCUUAYGAGAUACCUAUAGAAAAUAUUGUAUGUUAGAUGGUUUAUUCCAGGUGAGUUUUUUAAUGCAUAGUGAACGAAAACUAAAAUAAUUAGUAAUGAUGAGUAUGAAGGAAGUGUGUGCGCAGAUUGGUAACUCRGAAAAUAUUUUUGAGUUCCUGAUGGGAAUCCAACCCACCACCUAGUGUUCUAGUCGGACGCUCUAACAGUAACUAGUAACUAAAUUACACUAGUAAGACAAUAGAAAACAAUAGGAAUGACACUAGGUUUUGCUAAUUAGGUUAAGUUGCGUGGUAAUAGACCAAAUUCAAAACUCGCACCGAUGUGAGGCUUAAGUUGUGUACAAAGGGAUCUGGCGUGAUUCGUGACUUUUGAAUCACGCCAGAUUGCUUUGAGUCACGCCAGUUCUUUUUGUUCACAACUUAAGCCUCACAUCGGUGCGAGUUUUGAAUUUGGUCGAUAGUGUCUGUAUGAAAUCACGAACGAGCGAGUGUAAGUUUUUUAAUAUCAAGGCUUAAGACCUUUUCCCCCAGGCAUUUUAUUCAGUUAUUUGUUUUUUUACGAUUUAAAUAGAGCGUAGUGUUGCUUUUCAAAUAUAUAGGUAUAUAAGUUACUAUUAGUCAGUUGGCAUCGCAGUGCAUUGUGGGAUCGUUUUAGGGGACAAAAUUAAGUUCCCUUAAGGAAAGUCCCACAAUGCACUGCAAUGUUUACUCGACCCAGUUUUUUCCUUAACCUUGACAUUAGGGAAUUCGUAACUGAUUUUUAUGAUAAUUCACAGUGAAUAAGUUUAAGCUCAUAUAUAUUCAUUCCUUCAUUGACCUUGGACGGCGUUUCGUUUUAUUUCAAGUCAAAUGAAAUGGGCCAACAGAGCCACGUGAUCACAAUCCCUGCCGAUMAAUGUCACGUGACAAACGUUCAUCAAGCCAAAGUCAAUAACAAAGUUCAACUUACAGGUGGACGUAUUUAUUUAUAUAUAUAUUUAUUUAUAAACAUUGUCACUGUGAUGUUAUUGUGCCAACCAUUUUAACGAUAGGUUUUGUCACUGUUUUGUCGAAAUUGUCAAGUACAUUUCUAGUUAGCAAUUUAAAUAACACUCAACCAAAAUAAAUUGCAUUAUCGUACGCCAACCUAUAUCAAGUAACGUUUUGAAAUGACGUCAUUUAUAAUUACGUAAGAUUUAAUUAGGCUGCGCCCAUGUGUCUUUGUUUCAGCGGAUGUCUUUCUGUUUUUUAGAUGUAAAGGAUGAGUAAUCUGGCUAUUUUAAGUCCCAGAACAGCGCUUUAAAAUAAAAGUGUUAUUGAUAGUU